AUGCCCCCUUUUGGACUAUCCGACCACAAUACUAUCAUUUCGUCUCCAAAGGAAAGAGCUAAAGAUCUAAUCUCUAAUGGCACCACUUUUAAGCGUAAUAUUAAUCCAAGUUCCAAACGAGCCCUGGGAAGAUAUCUAAACUCGAUUGAUUGGCCUCAAAUUAUUCCAUCUACUAAUGAUUGUGAUCAGUUAUCGAACAUGUUUCAAAACAUAGUCCUUACUGGGGUUAAUAUAUUAAUGCCGAUGACACGAUCAAAGAAAUGUCCUGUCGAUGCCCCCUGGAUAACGAACCAUUUCAAAUCGCUGAUCAUUGAAAGGCAGAAAGCUUUUCCUACCUAUGGCCCUGACUCGAGCAGUUUUAAAUCUCUUCGAAACCAAGUAAAUCGAGAAAGGAAAAUCUGUAAAUCAAACUAUUAUAAACUCCGUGUACAUCAAAUGAAACAAACAGACUCCAAG